AUGCCAGCACGUGAGGAAAAUGAGGAUUUUCUUGCCUUCGCCCGUGCCACUUCGGACAGCGUGCACCUUUCCCGCGACAACUCAGCACAGGGGCGGGCGGCGCGAGAGCCCAUAAGUACUCGCGGGCAACUAGAGGAAGAAGUUUUCACUGCGCCUCAGCGAAGUUUUGAUGGCGCGAAUACAGGUCGAAGAGAUUCUAUCGACGACAUGAUGUUGCGUAUUACCAUCCCCGAUAGCCGUUCCAUCCAGAAUCUUCCUGUGUUCAAUGCACCAGAACUGAAGCUGAUUGGCCGCUGUGUUAGCUUUUGCGUGAAGAUGCCUGCUAACGAUGCCACGUCUGUCACCUACUACUACACAGGCCUUGUGGCCAUGGUUACGGGGACUUCGGUUGCCUUGAUAUACGUGAAUCGGUAUACACGUGAGGCCUUCGACGCGUACAAGACACUGGAGCAGUACCUAGAGAGCAAUCAGGGCCCCGCCCCAGACGAGCAGAGCCUUGUCAAAUCCGCCCCGCUCCGUAUCCACAAAGCAAUGCGCACUCUCCGCACUUUGCACACCAUUCCUACCACGGCCAACGUUGAAACCUCAACCGCGCAGCCUAGUCAAUCCGUCUUUGAUGGGCUGCUGGUGCACCCAAACUCUAAGGAGGGCGAGGCGGGUGCGGACGAUGACAGCGCGCUCAGCAUCGCAGUGGAUCCGUAUGUGCUGUGUGCAGCGGAUGCCGCCGGCAGCUUGGCCCCCGCGGUGCCGCUGAAAAUCGUGGCGGAGCUACAAGCUGCCGAGGAGCGCGACGGGGAUGGUGAGGAGCGUGUGUCGGGGGAGGCUCGACUUUUGUUGGCGGAAGGCGCCAGUGGCGCCGGUGCCGUGAACCGUGGCUUGCGAGUCAGGAACUUUCGCCGAUUCAGCGGAUCCAUCGGGCUGAUCCCGUACAUGACCUUCUUGCGCAAGAGCAUCGAGAACGUCGAAUUCGGUCGCGACCCGAAUGCCAUCUUCUACUCGCUCUUCCAGGACCCGGCGAAGCACAUUGACGACAUGCAGUGCCUGCGCAUGUUUGUGCGGCGCUACCUGGUGCACACGAGCGAGGGCAACAACCCGCACCAGGUGCCGCUGUAUGCAUUCCUGUGCGUCCGAUGUGCGUGGCCGGAUGUGGACCGUGAGCUGGUGAAUCGGCUGGUGCAUGAGGAGCUUACCGCUCUCGUGAAGGCGGACUGCGCCAUCGCGAAGGAGAAGGAGCGAAAACGCGUCCGCGAGGAGCGGCAGCUGCAGCGCUAUCGCGCGCCUGCCGGCCUCUUCUCCAGCACUGGCAUCCUCUUUCUGACGAAAAUUCCACAGGGCACUUUCCUUGCCGCGGUGGUCAUUCUCGUGUUUACCAUGAUCUUCGCGAUGUUCCUCAGUGUGACGUUGAGUACCAUGAGUGACGCCCUCAUUGUAACCUUCCUGAACAAGUUGAUAAGGAGCUUUUUGAUAUCAAUCAUUGUGUGGGGCAUCACAGGCAUCACCACCGUUGUGUACGCCACAGUGGUGCACUUGCCGCUUAGCGAGUGCACGAUUUUAGUGGUCAUUCACAUUUUUUUCGCCGUAUUCUCCGCGGUUUGCUGCAUCCUGUGCCUCGCGGUUAUCCUGUCAAACAUGGCAAAGUCCGUAAUUUACAGGCACAUGGUGGACCACCAAUCAUUCGAACUCUGCGACUUUUAUCAGCGUCACAACUGCACUGGGUUCAUGCAGAGUUGCAAGAUCAUGGACUCGUAUAACGUACACCUUUGCAACACGUGUCCCCCACUGGCUGUCGACAAUGGCGGCUGCUACUUUGUCGCUCGGAGGCUAAUCAACGUGGCUCUUGUUCCGAUGCUUGUGUUCACCAUCUUUAUCACGAUCACGCUGGUGUACAUAGGCUUUCUACUCUUCAGGUUACUGAUGGCGGCCAAGGCAAUGAUCGGUCGAUUUUUUUAG